AUUGCGGCUUUCAACCCGACAUAAAACCCAGAAUGAAGGCCACACACAAAAAUCAGCAAGGUUCAGUCAUAUGACUGACUCGCAGGAAGAACUUUGGUCGGGAGGUUUAAAGUGGGCAGAGCAUAGAAGUCUUACACAAUAUGGAUUCCUGCCUGAACUGGCAAAUGUCCUAACUUCUGUGUAUUGAAGGAUAUUCCAUUUAAAAUCGGAGCGCAGGGCAUCAUAAACAGAAACUGAAAACUGAAAGGAACGUAAAACUGAACUAAUUAUUUUUUUUAAACAAACAAAUGUACCGGACACUCAAAGCGGUUUCACGAGGAGGGAUAGUGUUUUACACUCCUUGUCAUUAGUGAGAAUAUACAUAAUGAACACUCUACAGGAGAACGGGCUUCCGCCCUCACCUGCGCACAAUAUUCCCGUUUGUGAAAGUACCGCCAAAGAACUCGGGGUAUGUGGGACUCCCAUUAAAACAAAGGGAAAGAAUGGGCUAACGGAAAGAAGUUCACCUGUCAAUCAUGUCACCGCAGAGUUUGGCGACCAGCUGAAAGUACCAUCGGUAAACGCACCUGCUCCAUCCACGACACCUCUCGGGUUACCUGGCGUUAUGGACGCAGAGGGGAGAGUGGACGAGUCCAGGCUGCGGAUGCACAUUUUCAAGAAUGGUGGCGUGUCCCCUUCGGAGCGUGGCCCGGUGUGGCGUUUCCUGUUUGGGAUGUACCCCUGCAGCUCCACCUCUCUGGAGCGCCCCCUACAGCAGGAGCAACUCAAGGUCCGCUACCAUGCCAUGAAGAGGAAGUGGCAGCAGCUUUUUCCUGCCGCCGUCCGCCUGCGUCUAAAUGGCACCGAUGCUGAGUUGGUGGCAGCGGUGCAGUACUUUGAUGUGAGGCAGGAGAGAGUAAAGCUGCAGGCUCAGAACCAGAGUGCUGAGGUCAGGGAGAGGCUGUCCUUCCUGGAGCUACAGGCCCAGGUGUUGUUUGAGCGGGUGACCUUUGAUAUGGAGGAGCUCCCAGAGGCCAUCCGAAUCAUCGACAAGGACGUGCCUCGGACAGACAGAGACCUACCCUACUACUCGGGUGAAGGCUUGGGCAAUCUGCUGGUGUUGAGGGAUAUUCUCAUCACAUAUGCUGCUUUUCACCCAGAGGUGAGCUAUGCCCAGGGGAUGAAUGACCUUUGUAGCCGAUUCCUGGAGGUGCUGGACUCUGAGGUGGACACCUACUGGAGCUUCUCCUGCUACAUGGAGAAGUUCUCCAAGGACUUCCGCGCUGACGGCCUGCACAGGAAGAUAGAGCUGGAGGCGGCACUGCUGAAGGAGUUGGACCCACAGCUCCACACCCACCUGAUCACAGAUAGCAUGGAGAGUUUCACCUUCUGUCACAGGUGGCUGCUGCUGGGUUUCCAGAGGGAGUUUGAGCACUAUGAUGCCCUGCGUCUCUUUGAGAUCCUGAGCUGUGACCACCUGGAGCUCAUCUCCCAGCAGGUGGACCGCGCACGCUACCAGGAGAGGAUUGCCCGCAGGCACAGUAUAGAAGAUAAACCAGUGUCUGAGGCACAGGCCGUCAACACAGAGUUCACCUUUGAACUCUUCAUCUGUGCCACCAUAUUAUUGGACAACAGAGAUGCCCUGCUGAGGUGUAGGAACGACGUGCAGCUCAUCCAGUUCACCAACAGUUUGCAGGGCACUCUGGACCUGAACAGCACCCUGAAGAAAGCAGAGGAGCAUUUCUACAACUACUGCAAGCGCUCUGCCUGGGACUAUAUGAACGGUCGCUGCAGGACAAGUAAACACAAGGAGGACAACUUCCUGUUCCAGCUCCGUAGCUUCUUCUCCUGAACUUAGAUCAGUCCUUAACUUAAUCUCCUGAACAUUCAGCUACAACCUGUAGUAACUGUGGGGUGGACUCAAAACAAGGGACCUAUUUCCUAAGAGGAGUGUUUACUAUUUACAUGUCUUGUCCACUGAUGUUGAAAUAUUAAUAUUGCUGUGGGAUCUACCUUCAGUGAGUGAUGCUGCUUACUUACCUACAAUUCUACCAAUUUGGACUCUCUCUUUGUUGUUGUAUCUGAUUAUGCUAAUUUGUAUCUAUUUAAAACAUAGCUAUUUAUUAUUUGGAAAGGUGUCAAUGAACGGGUAGAAAAGUGUGCAACGCUGAACUAAUUACAGUAUACAUUCACCUGGAGUUUGGCCUACACACUGCAAGCCUUGAUUGCUAUGUUUUUCUUGGUGAGUUUAGAAGAAAUCCCUGUUUAUGAAAUUAUAUAAUAAUAAUUAGGACUAUGACGUGGCCAAAAGGAUCUGAGAUUCAACUAUAUUAUGUGAUACUACUGGAAGAAAACAAGUCUUGGGACUGCAUGUAGCAACAGUUUGCAUGUGUUUGUGACUCCCUGGUGAUUGGUAAACACAGAAAUAGAAUUAUGGGGAUGCCUGUUCUAGUAGUA